CUUAGGAAUGGGCUUUAUUUAGAUAAUAAAACGGAGUAAAACAAACCAGAGAUCUUCUCGAACAAAUGCGAAUAUCUCUGAACAAACACAAACUGAAAAUGAGUCAUACUUUAAGAAAUGAUGAGAGAGCCACGGCUGGUCCAAUGGAGGCCUUCACUAACAAGAUAAUCUCUCCAGAGAUGUGCUACUACUGCUUUGACGUGUUAGUGUCGCAUUUGGGUACCAGAAAUGGAGAGUUUUGCCCUGUGGUGUCCGGUGAAAGCUUUAGGAAUCAUGAGUAUCCACUCUUCGUCACAUGGAAGAUUGGACAAGACAACCGUCUUCGUGGGUGUAUGGGCACAUUCAGUGCCAAGAAACUACACAAGGGACUGGCAGAGUACAGCAUUACAAGCUCAAUGAAGGACAGUCGGUUCAAGCCCAUUUCUUCUGAGGAACUUCCCUCCCUGCAAUGUGGUGUCUCCCUGCUCACUGAGUUUGAGCUGUGUGGCAACUACCUUGAUUGGAUGGUGGGUGUCCAUGGAAUUCAGAUUGAGUUCCCACUCAAGGGAAGGCUUAAAACAGCCACUUAUCUACCUGAAGUGGCCCAAGAGCAGGGUUGGACUAAGACACAGGCUGUCGACUCCCUUCUCAGGAAGGGUGGCUACUCUGAGUUUGUCACCGAAGAGUUUAGGAGCCACAGUGUCCGUGUGACACGGUACAGGACGGAGAAAUGCAUUGUGUCUUAUGAAGAAUACCUAAGGAGGGUCCAAAGAACCUGAUCAAGUAGCUCAAACUUAAUUAAGUAUCAUUAUUUUUAUCUGUUUUCUGUUUUCCAGGACCUUUAUUUAUAUAGAUCUGCAUAAGGUAUUAGAUCCCAUUUUAGCAGGGAACUACUUUAACUGUACAGACCCUGCAGUGUUGGGUACGGAUGGUGUCCUAUGUACAUGCAUUGGAAUGUUAAUGAUAUUCAUGA